CAGUGAAGUUGUACGUUAGUGCACCAUUCAUUCUCCUGUUGUCUGCACAUUCAUUUUUUUUUCACUGCGAAUUCCUCGCUGUCUUGGUGUGAAGUCUGAGGCGUGUUUUUGUAAGGAGGAGCGAGUAGCAUUCAGUACCAACAUGAACGUUUCAGGGCUGCAGUGGAUUGUCAGUGCCGUAGCCGGCAGUGUAUACCACCACCUCGAAUGGCGCGGAAUUCUCCUGGCCGUGUUCGUCGUAGUGCUCUCCGUCUUUCGAGCCGUUCAGAUUCUGUGGGAGAACCGCAAAGUUCCUCCAGGACCAUGGGGAUUUCCUAUCAUCGGUUAUCUGCCAUUAAUGAAAGGCGAUUCUCACCUCCACUACAAGGAUCUCGCCCGUAAAUACGGUACAAUGUUUAGCACGAGGCUAGGAAACCAACUGGUUGUGGUCCUUAGCGACCACAAGACAAUCCGGGAAGCAUUUCGAAAAGAGGAAUUCACGGGGCGCCCCCACACAGAAUUCAUGAAUAUUCUGGAAGGUUACGGUAUCGUCAAUAGCGAAGGUCGUCUAUGGAAAGAGCAGAGACGCUUCUUGCAUCAGAAGCUGCGACAAUUUGGAAUGAAGUACAUAGGAGCUGGAAAAGAACACAUGGAAACAAGAAUCAUGGGGGAGGUGGACACUCUGCUCCAGACGCUGGCCCGUCUGGAUGGGACUCCGACAGACUUGGGCCCUGUUCUCGCCAUGGCAUCUAGCAAUGUUAUCUGCGCCCUUACGAUGAGCGUCCGCUUUGAGCACGGUGAUUUGCGCUUCAAACGCUUCAUGGAUCUUAUUGACGAAGGCUUCCGCCUGUUCGGUUCUUUGGAAACUAUCAACUUCAUUCCUGCUAUGCGAUACAUACCUUGGCUUCAAACUACACGUAAAAUGUUAGCAAAGAAUCGAUUAGAAAUGGGAGAAUUCUUUCAAGAGACUAUCGACAAUCACCGUGCAACGUUCGAUCCAAGCAACAUCCGUGACCUAAUUGACACCUACCUGGCAGAAAUUCAGCUAGAGAAAGAAGCAGGUCGUGGGGAGUCAUUGUUCGAGGGAAGAGACCACGACCGGCAGAUGCAACAAAUUAUAGGUGACCUAUUUUCUGCCGGUAUGGAAACAGUGAAGACCACGAUACUGUGGGCUGUGGUGUUCCUACUUCACAACCCUGAGGUUAUGAAGGCCGUGCAAGAAGAACUCGACCAAGUGGUGGGUCGUGGAAGACUUCCUAAACUUGAAGAUAUUCCCUACUUACCUUAUACAGAAUCGACAUUGCUGGAAGUACUGAGGCGGUCCAGUAUAAUUCCCCUUGGUACUACACAUGCCGCUACUCGAGAUGUGCACCUCAACGGUUUCACAAUUCCAAAGAAUACACAGAUCGUGCCUCUGCUCCACGCAGUUCACAUGGAUCCUAAGUUGUGGGAUGAGCCAGAGAAAUUUAAACCAUCCAGGUUCCUCAACGCAGAAGGCAAAGUCACCAAGCCUGAAUACUUCCUACCCUUUGGAGUUGGCAGAAGAAUGUGUUUGGGAGAUGUACUGGCGCGGAUGGAGCUGUUCCUUUUCUUUUCAUCAAUUCUUCAUGUCUUUCACUUAGAACUGCCAAAGGAUCAACCCUUACCAAGUCUUCGGGGAAAUGCAGGAGUCACAGUCACCCCGGAUUCAUACAAGGUAUCCUUACUUCAAAGGCCGCUGGAAGCCGAUUUGGAUUUGCAGUGUAACAGCGUCGACGUUUCGUCUCUUAGGAACGUUGGUGUGCACUGACUGACCUGAGAAGCCGCGCGUUACAUCACAACCAACGGUCGGGCUUCGUCAGCACCAAGUUCCUGUUGGCUACGGCUUUGUGACGGUGUCCCUCUCCCAAACCCGUAUGAAAACAGUUAUCCUGAUAAGUACAUACUUUGAAGUACAACAAGUAACAUUCAUGACUUCAAUUUUGUUUUCCAUUUGCUCAAUCGCUAACAUCGUAAAUAUUGAACUACAAGAAAGUGCCAUAAGGACAUAUGUUGAAGCGCUGUUAGUUCCUGAGCUGUAUUGCAACAGCACAAUGUUAAACAAAUGUUAAUAUAAAUGUCUGGUCUUCGAACGAAAUUCAUCACAUCUUCAGGAACAGAAUAUAUCGUUUGUACCUAACAAGAAAGUGUUAUAUGUGCAAAACGAAACGGAUAUUUAUACUAUCUUAACCUCGUUAUCACUCUACAGCAGGAAUUAACCUGUACAAUAUGUCUGCACUGAUGUGUCAUUACUGCAAACUGCGUCAGUUUUCAGUCAUGUUGACGCCUGUCGGCUGUGCGUUCUACAACCUCGUGUUCAUAGUUUUAUACGCGUUGUACUCUUGUUUCUUUGUUGUUCAUGAAGAUAUACUUACUGAUUGUGUUCAUUUCCAUUCUUAUCAACCACAAAAACUGUAGCAUCCAUUUUGUACCAAGGCGACUGAAUCGCUAGUUCUAUUUCCUAGUCAGAGAUAGCGUUAAGGAGAACCGACGGAAUAAAGACAGUAUUGCAUGUCAACGGAUAGGCCUUUCAUAAUGUCCAUUGAAAUUAAGGCGGAAAUCGAAUGACCAAAACAACUGAAAGAGAGAGCAAAUGGAUAUGACUACUAUUCUGGUAGCUGAACGACUAAAUUUGAAUCAGAUUUCGUAAGAAAUUUUAUGGUUUGGGUUUUUUUCUCAUUUCCGAAAUCUGUACCGAUAUAUGCAGUAAGAAAUAUGAAACAUGUAACUACUGUUCUUAAUAUAUACCGGCGUAUGUCUGGUAGGCCCAUGUAUAAAUUUUUGGUAAGGAACAGUAACAUACGGCAUGUAUGUUUCUGACGUUAAUACCGUAGCGUUAAACCAACAAUCCUAGUCUCUAGAAAAUUUUGUGUUCACCAUAUAAUCAUCCUCACUCACUUCCAUCUUUGUAGAAAUGAUACAUAAUCGUACAUAUUUAUUUCAUGUACACUGGCAACUAUGACUUUAAUAAACUUCGGAUUAUCAUUAACAUGUUACGGCUGGGUUACAAAGAGUACAAAAUGGGGAUGGGAUAACAGUUGAAAGUAACUUUUUAUUUGAAUCCUAUUGUUGUUCCUUUUGUAGCGUUGGUAUUUAAAUUGUGUCAAGAAUCUUCCCUUGAACAAAAAUUACGUUACUUGGGUUGUUCUAGUCAAAUGGGGUCAGUGUCUUAAUAUAUGGUUGACAAUAGAAUUGAUAUUGGAAUGGUGGCGACUAGUGGAGGAAGCAGAAAUAUCAUUUAUUGAUCUUGAAAUGAAGUGAAAGCAGUCUAAGUAUAUUGUACCAUUCUUGCACUCAGUAAUCUGCAGUCCUUGAAGCUUGCUCGGGAAAUUAGCCGUGUCAGUAAUAAGUGAAUUUCCCAACUAUUUGGAGAAUUUUCCAGGCCAUGCAACAAUGGUUUUUACCUGUGUAGGAUAGGUAGAUACCCGCCAGGCUACGCCACGUUCAUGAGAUCGGCCCGCUCCUGAUGGCAAGUCGGCUCAACACUUUAUGUAGUAUACACACAAUAAUAUUAUAUGGCGGUUAUUCCAAUGCAAGGCGUUUCUGUCAUGCGCACACACUACCUCUCCUACUCGGUCGGCCGUGGUAAUAAGAGCGAAGUUUACUGGCUCGCCUCUUCUUCCCAUGCUGUGUCUGCAUAAAACAAGAUGCACAACCCUCCUCAAGCUCGGGCCAUAAUAAAAAUCAAUUGAAACAGAACAGAGCAAAAAUAUCUCAAUUCGGAAUGAGUUGCCACAGUGAACUGACUGAAAAUAUGUUACAGGAAUAACUGGAUCGUAUGUCUGUAAUAUAUGCAGAACUAUGGGUUUCCAAAGCUGUAGUAUCAAUCAUUCUGUAGGAUCUGAGUUUCUCACAACGAUAGUUAUGAAGAGUACUGUAUUCUUGGAUAUAACACCGAGAAGUCCGUUGAAAGUUAACGGAUGUUUCGGAGAAAAAUAUCUCCUCUCUCUUCUUGCUUGGCACCUGCUUUCACGCUGGUAUCUUGCUAGGCCUAUUCUCGACCCUGAAGAUCGAGUCGAUAUAGUCCUCCGAACGUUGGUUGUCUUUUAACAGUCUACAUGGUCUACAUCCCGGAAGACAAGUUCAUUAAUAAAUUUGUUGCUAUUCUGUCAAGAGUCACUUUAUAUUGGGCACUGAUAAGUUUUGUAAAUGAGUGAUGUGUAAUUCCGCUAGGAGGUGUCAAAAUGAAUUUGAGAGAUUCUCGUGAAUUGAAUUCCCCAUAGAAAAGCUAUUCAGAAUCCUAUUAAUAAAAUGGGAACAAGUGGCGUGUCACUAGAGAGGAAAAACAUGCCAAAAUGAGUAUUAGUAGAAAAAGAACCUAAGGAUAUGAGAGCUCGGUAUGAAAAUUAGUGUCAUAGGUCUCUUACGUACCUUACGCAAGAUAAAAGAAUAUUAAAAAGACCGCGAGAACUGCAGAGAAAUUACUGAAACUGCGACUUUACAAAAUUUCAGUUGCCAUUAUCAACAUCCAAGUCACCAAUAAUUUCUGUAACUGGUAUUUUUAGACAGUUCACAAUCGUGAAUUUAAUCCCUCAUCUACGUUUUUUUAGAAUCAGCUUUAUUCUAUUUGAAUAAAAAUGCUGUCACAAAACAACUGAGGCCACAGCACAGGAAAUUCAUAACUUAUGUGCGAAUUUCGGCACAGUGAUAGAGAAUUUAGCUGUUUGGUGUGUCCUGAGUGGGAGGGCUUGUGACCCUGUUACAUUCAGACAGCAAUAAUUCUGACCGACAUGUUUCGCAUGGGAGCAGUCGGGAAGACCGGGGUCCAUACAGCGCGCAUAGCGAAAAGACCGUGGCCCGACAGAGACACCACGUAUCCUCCCAGUAUAUAUAUAUACAUACAAAUGCACACAAAGAAAAAACUCUACCAUUCAUAACAAAAGUUCCUGAUAUAAGAAAAGACAGUCACCAAAAAGUGGGUAUUUGUCCCGCGCUGACACAAUUGCCGCCCAAGGAGACUUCACUGCAUUCAGUUGCCAUGGAAGUUUCAUAUCUUAAAAUCUUACAUGUUAAUCUUAUUGAUAGCAAUUACAAAAUUAAUCUUCGUUAUUUUAUAAUUAAUCUGGCCUGGUAUGAUAACUGUGUUUAUGUUUAGGGGUAUCCUGAAGAUAUGGUUUCCAAAAGAAAAUUCUUUAUUACUUAGACUGAAGAUGAAAUCCAAAGAUACACUCGCUACUGUUUUGGAUUUAAUUGUAUUGUGUGUUCAAAUGUUUCAUCACUGCAGUACUUGAUAAUGGUUCCCGAGCAACUAGCUCGGUUUCUGCUGACGCACGCGCACAAUUGUUUGGUUUAACCUGCGUAAUGAGGCUGGCAGAAUAACUAACACGGAAACUUCAAUUUGAAAUACCGCUACGCUAUCAGGACUACUUCCUUUUAACUCGAACGUUAGUGAUCAAAUAUAAAGAUCAUAUGCAUUCUUUUCUUGCGUAAUGUAAGGUUAUCUGGUCCUAUACACUACAGUUCAUUGACAUGGUUCAGGAUAGGCGACAUGGAAUAGCAAUAUGUAAAACGAAUUCCUAUGCAGGUACGAAUGGAAACGGUGGUUGUUAUAGUUCAUUCUGUUUACAUAUUACAUAUGAAAAUGGUUUCGCUGUUCAUAAGUUUGUGUAUUUUUAUAGCCUUUAUGAAUUGUAUCAAUGUGUAGUAAUGUGUGUAAUGAUUGUAUAUAAUUGAAUGACUGAUUAUUGCAUGUCUUUUUCAUAAAUUAAUUGAACAACAAUUGUAAUUUUGAUGAUACAAUAUUUCAUGAAUGUAAUGAUCAUCAAAGAUUUAUUUUCAUCUUUCAUUUGAAUGGAAUACUUCGCUUUUGUUAAUUGUAAGCAUUAAUGAUUUUUGUACAAAUAAAAUAUUGUAUGGAAAAUAUAAUUCCUCAA